AUGAAAAUUAAUGAAACAUUUGAAAAUUUUAAAGGCUUUUCAAAGUUAUCUAAAGUUUUGUGGAUCACAAGACAAUUUGGAAGAAACUUGCUUCAACGUGCUGCAGUAAACUCAAAAGAAGUCAAAACACAUCAAAUCUUGUGGAAAGAACUUCGAGAUUCUUGCAAGUCUGAUGACGAAUUCUUGGAAAUACUUAAAGAAGUUGAUGAGGAUGAAAACAAUGUUUUUAAUCUUGCUGCAGCAUUUACAACAAGUGAAGAGUUUGAAUUCAUGAUUUCGGAGUUGGAAAAGCUUAAAAAUGACAAAGAAACAAAAAAAGUUUUAAAAUCAUUUGGAUUAGUAAAUAAAAAUUUACUUCAGUCCGCCGCAAUUUACAACAAAAGUCUUAAAACAAAUCAAAAAAUUUGGACAAUAAUUUGCAAAUAUUUUGAUGCCGAAGAGAUUUUGGAAUUGGUCGAACAUUGUGACAAAGAUGGUGACAAUCUUCUCUGCUGUGCUGUUAAUUGCAAUACAAAAGAAAUUGUUGAAUUCUCUUGGAACCAAAUUAAAUAUUUAAAAGUCACAAAAGAACUUCAAACUGAAUAUUUGAACAGAAAAGGAUAUCAAGGCAAAAACUUACAUCAAUUAGCAUUGGAAAAUCAAUCAAAUGAUUCAGAAGUAGCUGCAUGGGUGCAAGAAAUCAUGAAAGAAUAUAAAAUUGUAUUUACAAAGUAA